UUGACGGAGAUGUGUGACCUCUUGUCGCGAGGUCAAGGUUUGCGAGUAUAGUGCGAGCCCGCGCGAGGACCAAAGUUAGACAAAGAAGGUGAGAUCAAGAUGAGACGGAGGAGAUCUUCGGCGCUGAAGGUCGUGCGAGAACUGGACGCCUUCCCCAAAGUAGAGGAUGACUGCGCCAAACCCACAAGCCGCGGAGGAACUCUCUCUCUCCUCUCCCUCUCCAUCAUCUCCCUACUGGUGGUGUCAGAAUUCUUCUACUACCGCGGGACGGAGACUAGCUACAAGUACUCCGUCGACACCGACAUGGAGGCCCAACUGCUCGUCACGAUAGACAUGACGGUAGCCAUGGCGUGCAGACAUCUUGGGGCCGACCUCAUAGACCACGCGGGCGAGAGCAUGCAACUGCACGACGUGAUAAAAAUGGAUCCGGUCAGUUUCCAACUGAGCGAGCUGCAGGCGAGUGUACUACGAGCGAAGCAGCGUCUGCAGGAGCAGUACAACCACGCCAAGGCCCUGGGAGAUUUGACAGUGAUUGAAGGUAUACGAGACAUCAAGAUGCCUCAGGGAGUGAAGAAGGAGGAGAUGGGCAGGCAUGCAGACUCCACGGGGCUUUCCCCGUGAAGAAGGUGGCUGGGAACUUCCACAUUACGACCGGUCGCUCGAUCCCUCACCCUCAGGGCCACGCCCACUUGACGAUGAACGUUCCUCACGGCGCUGUAAACUAUUCUCACAGAAUCGACCAGCUGGCGUUCGGCCCGCCCAUUCCUGGUGUUCUGAAUCCCCUUGACGCCGCCACAAACUAGUGGAAGAUCGCAACCACCAAUUCCAGUACUACCUACAGGUUAGUGCCAACGAAGUUUCGAACACUCCACAACUACCUGACUACCAACCAGUACUCUGUGAGAGAGAGGAACAGAACCAUCGACCACAGGCAAGGCAGCCACGGAAUGGCCGGGAUAUUCUUCAAGUACGACAUGAGUCCACUCAUGGUCGAGGUCCAGGAGACUCGAAGACCACUCUGGCAGUUUCUGAUACGACUGUGUGGAAUUGUGGGCGGGAUUUUCGCCACCUCGGGCAUGCUCAAUUCAUUUGUAGGGUCUCUGACUGAUGGCGUACUCAGCUGCCUUCUUAGGGGGAAAGGUCAGAGUUCGUCGACAUCGGAUUAGUGUUGUAGUAAUAAAAUAGCCGAUGUUUUUUCAAUUUUCAUGAUAUUAUAUAUGAUGUACAAUUUUCUCCUCCUACUAUUGGUCAGGCAACAUG